CUCAUUGGUGUAUAACAAACGCUGUAAGUUAUUUACAUACAAAGUUUGUAAAUGCGUUAAUUUCCAGUACCGGCUUUGGCUACGAGCCAGAAUAUGCAUAUUUGUGAGAAUAAAGUUUACCCAUUUAUUAUUGUCACUUACAAUUUAACCCGCUAUUGUGCCCUCAACCCGCUAUUGUCCCUUCAUAUAGUAGUGCCAAAAAUUGCUCAUUAGAGGUGUGAAAAAAUUGUUUGUCGCGUUCUAUUUCCAUUCCAUUCUCACUUUUUCCCUUGUAUUGCUGCUGUCAGUGCGCACCUCCUUUGCCGUCGAGUGGGUAGUGGAAAGUACAGCGCGCCACCAUUUGUGGUGAUUUCAGUGUAAAAUUUUAUAAUGUGCUAAUGUCUGGCAAAACCGUUUAUGUAAAAUUGAUGAACAAAAUUUUGGAGUGACAUCGCCUUUCAUAAGGAUUACUGCAGCUAAACUUAGUCGGUGUGAAUCGUGCAAACCUCAAAAUCUGCUAAUAAUUAGCAUAUGUACAUUUAUAUAAAUUUCUUCGCACAGAUGCAUAUGUGUGAAUAUAGAAAAUGCUGAGUUUAAUAUUCGCCGUAUUCCAGUGCAAAAAGCAAAAUAGUGAAGAGUGAAAAAGUGUAGAUAUUUUCAAUGUCAUUCAUAUACGCAUAGGAUUAAUUUCAAUAAGAUUUCAAAUGUGUUUUGCAGUAUAAUAUUCUAUAUUGGCUAUUGACAUCGGAACAUAUCGACAUUGAUUAUUCAAUUAUCUAAUUUGAAAAAUAUUAAGAAAUAAAAACAAAUCAUUAAAGGCUAAACAGCUGGUUUUGUUGACAGCACGAUCUUGUUUUUCAUAUAUUUUACCAUGUUUCUAUGGAAAGACGACUACUUGAUGGAUCUGCCAAAAUUAUCCUUUAAAUACAUGUAAAAUUGUGUUGUCUUUCGUGGAGAAGUUAGCAUAUGAUAAUUGUUGUCACUAUUUUAGUAAGACUUUGUAGACUAUUAAUUUUAUCAAGAAUUUUAAUACUCACACCCGCAAAUAAUUUAUCCAAUAUGAGGGAGUGCAACAGACACUAUCUGAGCUUUUACAUGGUCAAGGUAUCAAUAUUUAUCUAAAAACAAAUCAUGUAAUAUGUACAUUUUAUACAUACAGUUGUCUAUAGAAAAUUGCUAAUGACCAUAUGAACAAAACGAAUUUCAAUAAGAAAAAAGUUUUUCAUCUCAAAAAGUGUGUACAACAUAUUCACUAAUGAUAUAUUAAUAUUUCAUUGUCCAUAUAUUUCAUUGUCCAUAUAUUUCAAUUUAUGCUAAAUAAACUGAAAAACUAGUUCCACAUAAAAAAGGAGUAUUCUUUGUAGUAUGAUAAAUUCUUAAAAGUGUAAAGUAAAAUGAUUUCAAACCUCUAGCUUAAAAUAAUUCAUAUUUCAUUGAAUAGAUUCGGGACGCCGGACAAAGUUUCUAAAAAUUUUACUACCAGAUAAUUACAUUUCAUAUUCGUCUGACCAUAUAUAUUUUACCAUUUAGCAACGGGCCAGGAGGCAUGCUGUCUUGCAAAUUGUAUGAGGACUUCCACGAGUUUAUUUUUUAGUAGCGGUACCUUUCGUGGACUUUUUGAUCUGUAACAAUCGCCUAUAAAGAGUUUCAGUUUUAACUGACAAACCUAGUUCAUCGCUGAUGCUUCAGGCUGACGCAAAAGCAAUAGUGUCCUAUAUUGGGAUCGUCUGCAAUGGGUGUUUGUCGCUUUCGUCCGUUUGUUUAUUUUUUAUUCCAACAAUUAAAGGUUUGCUAUAUUUGAGCAAAAUUUAUUCGAUUUCUUCGAUCUCGUAAAACAUUUUCCUAGUUUUCUAAAUUCUUUUUAUCAUUUCCCACUUUACGUCUGUAGAAUGCUUUCCUCUACCAACUAAAGAAAAAUCCAAUAUUAAAUUAACAAUAACUAAUUCUGCUGCUAGACUUACUUUUCUAAUUUUGCGAAUAUUUUUUAGGUUAAAGAUUAUUUUAGAAAGGAAAUGUCUUAACACUCCUAUUUUUUAUAGUAAGCAAUAACAAGGGUGUCCGAGAACUAGCAAAGCUGAACGAGAAAAAGGAUCUGCACAAUAAAAAUUUGUUCAGUAUUUUAAUGUCAAUAUAUUGUUAUGUAUGCAUCUAUUGUACCUCACUAUUUACAUAUGAUCCAGAAUAAAUUGAGAUCCUUUUAAGUAUGCUUCAAGGCCACGUGAAAUGACAUUUAUGUAUAUAUACACCUACCUACGGAAUAUAGUAUGAAAAUAUAAUAAAUAUAAUGGUAAACAAUUUAAAGGAUCACUAAGUUAAGAUGCUAGUUGAAUUUCAAUAUGAAAUUUAAGCGAGCAACAAGUCAAUUGUGCCCUAACUCAACUUAAGCGGCACAAUUAGCAGAAAUACAUAUGUGUCAGUUAAACACUGCGGUAAAUGCUUCACAAAGUAGCAGGGUAUUUAUUAUUCUUAUUAUUUCAUACAAAAUUUUGUUGUAUAUAAGAAUAUACAUACAAAUAUAUAUAUAUAUAUAUAUAUCCAUAAGAUAUAUUCUAAAUAUUGUAGAGAUACAGUCUUUUUGAUGCAAUAAGAAAAUAGAGUCUUGAAAACUCUCAAUCAUAGAUUAUUAGUUUUAUAAACCUUGCAGCCAUGCACGAAAUGCAAUAGUUUCCCCACAAAAUUAUUAGCAAUGGGAGCAAGUUUGGAUCAAUGUGUAAACAAAAAUCUUAUUUUGUAAGCACAUGAAUGUUAAGAACAAACGCAAGUAUUGUAUUUUUUAUAUGUAUAAUAUGCAACGAGAGAGAAAGUUUCAAUGACUGAGCGUUGCUGGACAUUGGAAAAUGUAUUUGAAUACAUUUGCCUUUAGUUGCGUUCGGUAUACGAGAUCGAUCAGACCAGGACAGUUUGAUGUGCGUUCAAGCGUAUAUUUCGUUAAAUUUAAUAUGCAACGCGUCGCGCUUAAAUCUAUUUUUAGUGCUUCUUUAAUUUAUGGAAAAUAUAUUGAGACUGUGAUGAAGCACUAGUAUAUGUAAAUUUAAUACUGACAGUUUAUUAAUUGACGUAUUUGAAGGAAUAUAAAAUCGUGCUAUCGCCAUGAACAUGCGCCGCUGGGGCUAAUUAUAUAAUGGCGAAUUAAAUCAAGUGGAUGACUACAUUGAACCUUCUGACGUUUGUUUACGAAAUCGAAAAUGUCGAAAUCUAUGCGAAGUUCGCGACACAACAGCCGCGCCGGAUCCUCGAACUCGUCCUCCUCUCUCAGCAACCCACCGCGAAAGCGUGUCAAACGAUGUUGUCGCAAUUUCGUUACAUUUAUGUGCACGCAAGUGGGUGUGGGCGCAUUAAUUGUACUGUACGCUAUCUUUGGUGCGCUCUCCUUUAUGCAUAUAGAACGAGAAUACGUUGACGAGACGACAGCCUAUGUCAGUGAUUUACGGCAUAAUUGCGCAGAAAAAAUGUGGAAUAUCACUGAAAAGUUUAAUACUUUUGAUCGUAGCGAAUGGCAAAAUAAUACCUUAGAUAUACUGCGACAAUAUCAAACAGAAAUUGCCACAUUAAUAAAAAAUGGCUAUGUUGGACGGACACCAGAACAGAUUUGGUCCUUUCCGGCGGCGUUAAUGUUUUGUUUAUCGGUCAUUACAAUGAUCGGUUAUGGUAAUAUGGUGCCACGUACACCUUGGGGGAAAGGUUUCACGGUCAUUUAUGCCACUUUUGGUAUACCCCUUUAUAUACUAUAUUUCCUUAAUAUGGGAAAAGUGUUGGCGCGAUCAUUCAAGUUCCUUUAUCGCAGCUUACAUGAGUGUGCGCAGGAACGUACCAUUUAUGAAUCUCGUUUGGAUGCACUAGAAAACGGUAGUUUAGGUGAAUUACAAGGGAAAAAAAUCAUUGUACCAUCGACUGCGUGCCUUUGGGUUAUCAUAUCAUAUAUUUUAACGGGCACUAUUAUGUUUGCGAAUUGGGAGAAAUGGUCUUUUUUGAACUCUUUCUACUUCUGCAUGACAUCGUUGUGCAAAAUUGGUUUUGGUGAUUUCGUGCCUGGUGCAUCGUUGAUAACAGCGGCUGACAUAGAUGCAGCAUCACUAAAAAUAAGAGAAGAUGCCUCUGCUGAUCCCGAUGAUUUGUUCAAUAUGCAGUUAAUUACUGAUCAAAAUUCAAAAUUGGCUAUAAAUUUUUUCUAUAUGCUAAUAGGCAUGGGUUUGGUUUCCAUGUGCUACAAUUUGAUGAGGGAGGCGGUACGCAUGAAAAUAAGAGAGAUAAAAGAGGAUACGAAACUGUGUUUAGAGGAUACACGUGCGCGAUUUUUGGGAUGUUGUGGAACACGAGAAUACUAUGACGAAGACUACUACUAAAUAACUUUCAAGACAUUUGCCUAAAUAUGUACAUUAUUUUCAACAUUGAUACAGAGUGUUUAGUGAGUGAGUGUGAUAUCGGCGUGCCUAUCUCGAGUGUGUGAGCUUAAUUAUGUUUAGCUAUUAUUUUAUCAACAACGAAGGUGCUUAAGUGGUCAAAGACAAGACUAACAAAAAAUUAAAUUAAUUGUGUUCAUAAAAAUAAAUAUUUACAUUUUCGGGUAAUUACUAAGUGAGUGGGGUAUACGAAUGAGCUUUCAAAACCGUUUGAUUUUUUUUUUUUUUAUAAAAAAACAACAAAAACCAUAUAUUUAGUGGCGUACAUCCAAGAAAAGAGGAGCUGGGAGGAGGAAUUAUUUAUUCAUAAUGGUUCGGCAAUCAUUGAACAUUUUUUGAAACUACAAAAAAGGGUCACAAAUUUCGGGGUAAUGCUAGGCGGCAGUACGGAUCGUCUAUGCACACCGAGCACAUCAGCUGGCCCAUUUCGUAUUUUUGCCGUGACUGGCUUCCAAAACCGGGCAAAUGAUAUUGUCUAUUGUCCACCGAUACGGCCGACAGGCAGCGAGAAUGCUGAAGAUUCCACUGCCGUUGUUUACUUCGGUGGCGACGUACAG